UGGCUACUCUUACGGAGGCCGAUUCCAGCGAUAUAAUUGGUCGAAAUGUUACUGUUAUUGGAUUCUAUUCAUAAAAUAAUUGCGGAUAUAAUAAAUGGCGUAUCGUAGGUUUGAUAGUUAAAACAAGAUAACAAAGACCAAAAAUAAACCUAUGUGUAUAUAAUAUUGAAAUGCUGCCAUAGAUAGAAUAUAGCAUAAUAUUGCGACAAAUGUAAAAUAGAAAUCCUGUAUGAGAAAUAUGUGUGGUUAGACUUAAGGAUAUUAAUAUUUUAGAUAAAGAAACAGAUUACAUGUUUAAUAUAUUAAAUUAUUAAUAUUGAAGUGAAUAUUUUUAUACAAAAAUUGGACAUGGUUAGACAAUAUACAAGUUCUAAUUUAUUUGUAAAACAAAUUCGAUCUGUAUUAUAUCCUUAUAGCAGACUGAUGUACUCUAACAGAAGAAAUAAGAAGGAAUUAGACUAUAAUUGUGCCCAUAAUAAUUAUAUUUUGAAAAUAUUAAAUGAUAAAAGAAUUGAUUAUUUUAAAAGAUAUAAGAUUCCUGAAUCACAUGCAAAUAAAUUGCAUUUACAUCGUGAACAAUAUGGUUCAUAUAAAUCAUUAGAAGAUAUAUUAGAAAUACAAGAUAUGACAAAAGAGAUAUUAGAUGCAUUUAUACAUUCAAUUAUUAAUGAUAAACAGUAUAAAAAUUUGCAAAGUUUCAGAAGAUCAAUUAUUUUCCCUUCAGCAGAUAUCCCACGAGAGCAAAUAUCUACUGUAUUGGGGAUCUAUGUAGGAACAAAUAUUAUUAGUUGGACAUUACUUGAAUCUAAAGAAAAUAUAUUGGAAUGGAAAUAUGAAAAUUUCUUAGAGGUUCCAAAAAGUGAUUAUACUUUUGAACUAUUUAAUUUGGCUUGGAAAUUAAUGUUAAAGAUUCCUACGGCUGAUGCUUAUGUAAUGGAUGAAACAAAUUUCAAUUGUACCUUGUUAAAAUCUGUAAAGCAAGUAAAAGUAUUUUUACAGAGAGAAAAAUUGAAAGCAAUGAUUUUAGCUUUUUUAUCACAAAAAAAUUUAUUGCAGGGUACUUCGAUGACUAAUGAAGACAACGAAAUUUCAUCACUUACAAAGAAUAUUUAUCUACUGAAAUAUGAGAAAGUUGUGAAACUAUUUAACCUUCAUAUAGGUUACGAAGUAAUGUCUUCUGGGAGAGUAAUUAAUAAAUUACUAUAUGAAGAAGAUUGCACAAAUGAUGAAGAAAAACAUCCUGUUGGUGUAUAUAUACAGAAGGACAUAAUGCACAGUUAUAACAACGAAAUAAAUUACAUAAAAGAUCAAAUGAAUUGGUCUUUAUUGAUUGCUUUAACAUUCUUACAAUUAGGUGUUCUUGAAAAAUAUGGUUAUGAAUUUGUUUGAGAUUGUAAAGAUGUCAAAAAAUUAAAGAAGUAUUCCAUUCUCUAA